GUAUUAAUGCACCUUUAAUAAAUUAUUGAAAAGUGUAAAUAAAGUGAUGUGUGUUUGGAGUGGUUGAGUUUUUAUGGUUUUAAAAUGUAUCUAUGGAUCGGGAUGUGAAUCAUUAUUAUUGCCUUAAGUGUGUUUCAGUUUUAUGUCUUUGAUUAUGGAGAGAAUUGUGUAGUUUUGUGGAAUCAUGUACAGAUUGUUCACGCUCAGCACGUUGAUAUUAGUAAGUGUCUGCACACCAAAAAGGCCGAGAAUAUACAACGUGCUAAUUAGUACAAAGAAGAAUUUAUCCCCUAGUCACGCAAUCCCCGUUUAUGAACCAGUGAUAAGAACGACAUCCGUUGGAGUAGCGUUCCCACCUUUGAUCUACCACACUCCAUUACAGCAACCCAACACACCAAGCAUCCAACCACUUACAGUUCUGAACGGAGGCCCUGUUAUACAGGAAAUAAUAAAAACUCCUGCCACGCAGCAGCAAAUACACGAUGAACCUUCGAACGUACAAAAACUGCCCAUUGAACAAUAUAUCCAGUACAAUCGUUACACAUCACCGUAUUUCCAGCAGUAUCUGAACAAGCAGGAAGUCAUCAGUCCUGAUAUUAGCAAUCAUAGAUACAAGGAGGAGCAGACGAGCAAUCUGGGCGAGAUCAGCGAGCCUCAGAGGAACUUCGGGAAGUAUUACGAGAACGUAAAUGAUCCCAAGCAGAUAAUCGCCAAUUUUAAGAAGAAUCCUGAAAUUCCAGAUGUUCCACCUCCAGAACUUCCAGUCAAAAAUUUAUGAGAAUAAAUGUGUUUUCUCUAAUCGUCUUUUAUUUUACAUUUCAAAACAUCGCCACAUUAUUUUCAUUUAUUUUACUGUCGA